AUCAUACAUUACUCAGCUUGACUUUUGAAAUAAUCAAUCAUCUUAGCAAAAUUAUUAAUAGUAUUCAAGCUUGGUGGCGCCGAGGAUUUUCUCUUGUUUUUGUUUAUUCACUAAGUUUACACUGUUUUAGUUGUAUAAAUACACUUCCCCAUCUGUGUAUUUCUUCUCAUCGACCACAAAGAUCUCUCUCUACUCAUACUUUUCUUAACAACACUAAAAGAAAAACAGCAUUUAGUUCAGUAAUGGCAGGAAUCAAAGUUUUCGGUCACCCUGCUUCCACAGCCACGAGAAGAGUUCUCAUCGCCCUACACGAGAAGAAUCUCGACUUUGAGUUCGUUCAUAUCGAGCUCAAAGAUGGUGAACACAAGCAAGAGCCUUACAUCUUUCGCAACCCUUUUGGCAAAGUUCCAGCCUUUGAAGAUGGAGACUUCAAGCUUUUUGAAUCAAGAGCAAUUACACAAUACAUAGCUCAUAAUUACGCAGACAAAGGAAACAACCUUCUCUCAACUGGAAAGGACAUGGCGAUCAUAGCCAUGGGCAUCGAAAUCGAAUCGCAUGAGUUUGACCCAGUUGGCUCAAAGCUUGUUUGGGAGCAAGUCCUCAAGCCGUUGUAUGGUAUGACCACAGACAAAGCCGUUGUUGAAGAAGAAGAGGCUAAGUUGGCCAAAGUCCUUGAUGUUUACGAACACAGGCUUGGUGAUUCCAAGUACUUGGCUGCUGAUCACUUUACUUUGGUUGAUCUUCACAUCAUCCCUGUGAUUCAGUACUUGCUCGGUACUCCAACUAAGAAGCUCUUCGACGAGCGUACCCAUGUCAGUGCUUGGGUUGCCGACAUCACUUCCAGGCCUUCUGCUCAGAAGGUUCUUUAAGUGAAUCAAGCUGACUAUCACAGGAUUGAAUAAUAGUGGCGAUGACAUCAUUGCCCUAAUUCUCAUAAACUCUGUUUUUCUUUUUGUAUGUGUUUCCUCUGUUUUUUUCUUUUCGUGUACUCUGUUUUUUUCUGCUACUAUAAGUGAUGGGUUUGAAUGCAAUCUUCAAUAAAGAGUAUUUGAUGAAUAAAAAAAUGAAAUAUUUGUUAUCUUCAA